ACCAUGACGAAGAGUGGUUCGAAACCAAACCCAAACCCUGUCGAGAACAAUGCGGAAGAGAUUCAUUACAGAGGUGUGAGGAAGCGUCCAUGGGGAAGAUAUGCAGCUGAGAUCCGAGACCCGUUUAAGAGAAUCAGGGUCUGGCUCGGUACCUUUGACACUGCUCAGCAGGCGGCGCGUGCCUACGACGCUGCAGCACGUGAGCUUCGCGGAGCGAACGCUAAGACGAAUUUCCCGACACUUCUUGAGCUUCAAUUGAAAGGCAGCGGUUACACUCGUGCUCCUAGAAAAAGCAGAACCGUCCACUCGGUCUCUCCCCUGGCGGCGAGACUUGCAGCACCUCCGCAGCUCAGGCUCAGCUUAGGCGGCAGUAGCGGCGGCGGCGCAUGUUAUCCUCAGGUUCCUGUUGCACGUCCUCUUGUUGCACGUCCUCUUGCUGCACGUCCUCCUGUUGCACGUCCUGUUUACUGCUGUAACAUGACGGCUUGUGCUACGUGUGGGGCCGAGAGCGAGUCUGACUCGUCGUCUGUCCUUGAGUUCGAGGAUGAAACUGACGAGAAACCUCAGCUGCUCAACCUGGACCUUAACUUCCCUCCUCCCGCGGAAUAG